AUGGUGCUUAUCACGCCCUUUCGCCGAGGCCUCACAACGCCAGCGCCAUAUGUAGUCCAAAGAGACAUUUCUGUGGAUGCGAUUGGACCUUUGCAGCCUCUAAUAUAUGAUACCUCUACACUACUGCUGGUUAGCGGAACAAUAUCAGGACAAGAACUACUUAACCCAUUGACUACAAUCUUUACGCCACCUCCUUCUUGUUUGAUGAACAUAUACAACAUCAGCUCCAGCCUGAUUGUAGCACCGACACAGCUCCCGGAAUGUUACCCAUCAUCUUCAUACGAAAUCUUUUCACCCGGUCUCUGUCCCUCAGGAUACACGGUUGGGGUCGCAAAUAUUCAACCGGUUAUCAUUGAACCAAUUGUAGGCCUCGUCCUCGCUCCAGGCGUCGCACUGAACACUGCUUCUUACAAUGAAACACACUUCGCUUGCUGUCCAAGCUCAUGCGGCUACGUCGUCAAUCAGCCGACAUUAGCAACAACGGCGAUUCCAGUAUCAGAGGUUACACCGGAGAGCACCUUCGCUCGCACCCUCGUUAAUUACGUGUCCGCGACAGAGACGCAAAGUUCUGGUUUUGCCAGUCUAGAAACAGCAGAGCCACCAUCCACAACGAAUCUCGUUACGACCGGUAUGCUAAGUCUGUACGCUCCACCCUUCUAUGUGCGUUACCAAGACUCGGAUACCUAUGUUGCGUCAAUAUGGUCGUCCAUUUUCGAAUCAUCCAAAUCGGCUCUACUAGCAUCAUCGCAAGGCCAAGGUGGGAAUUCCACAAUUACCACGCUGUCCACCUCCUCCCCGACAGCUUCAGUCGCUCAUAGCGAAGGCUUGUCCGGAGGCAAGAUAGCCGGUGUUGUCAUUGGGGCCAUAUCCGCACUGUGCAUCCUCAUAGGUGUUAUCCUGGUCUGGCUCAAGAAGCGGCGAUCACAAAAGUUAGAGAAAGAGACGCACAGUGGAGCCGAAGGUGCAUGGGCGAAGCAGGAGUUGGAUGGCACGUCUGUGCAUCCCAAAGAGUUGGAUGCUGAGCGUGAGAUCAAGGAAAUAUACGCCCCAGCAUCACCACCCGUGGAGUUGCCGGGUGAUGACGUCUACUCCGUGGAAAGAGAGGAAGAGAGAGAGAGAUAA